AUGGACCUCACAGGCCACACAUACUUGGGCAGCCGUUCAGCGCGCACUGGCCACACGCCGGGCUGCCCACCAGCGCCCACUUCGCCCGCCCAGGACCUGCUCGGCCCUACCAGCCUGCCAGGUUUCCCCAAGCCUCCCCCCUCUGAUCUCCAGCGCUCCGUCCUGCUUGCAAAUAAGGGGGAGCUAGCGGUCGCAUUGACGCCUGCGUUUUCCCACGCCGGUCGCCUAAUCCCCUUUGUAACACUCAUCAUCCAUAGGCUCCUUCGCUUGGAAUCUCAUCUUCGAGAAUGGCGCUCGGAACGAUCAAGUGCGUCUACCAGCUCCUCUAUUCUCCUCCCCCCUUUCCUUCUCCUGCUGCCCUCUUUGCGCCCGCUUCGCAUCGCUUCUGAACUGGCCGUCGACCGACUUGACGUAUCCUGGACGCGGUGUGUGGUAGUUGGUGACGGUGCGGUCGGUAAAACAUGUCUUCUCAUCAGUUACACGACGAACAAGUUCCCCUCGGAAUACGUUCCGACGGUCUUCGAUAACUAUGCUGUUACUGUUAUGAUCGGUGAUGAGCCUUAUACGUUGGGCCUGUUCGAUACUGCUGGUCAAGAAGACUACGACCGCCUGCGGCCAUUGUCGUACCCCCAAACCGACGUGUUCCUCGUUUGCUUCAGCGUCACAUCCCCUGCUUCCUUUGAGAACGUGCGGGAGAAGUGGUUCCCAGAGGUCCGCCACCACUGCCCUGGUGUGCCCUGCUUGAUUGUCGGCACCCAGGUCGACCUCCGGGAUGACCCUCAGGUCCUUAAUAGGCUGGCCAAGCAAAAGAUGCAGCCGAUCACCAAAGAGCAAGGAGAGGAGAUGGCCAGGAGGUUGGGUGCCGUCAAAUACGUGGAGUGCAGCGCUCUGACACAGUACAAGCUCAAGGAUGUGUUUGACGAGGCAAUUGUGGCUGCCCUUGAGCCCCCAGCACUAAGCAAAGGGAAAAAGCACAGAUGCACCCUUCUUUAA